UCCAGCUGUAGUGAGAACAAAGGCAAAGGAAUGAGCAACAGCCAGAAAGAAGUGAAGAAAGUCCAGUCAGUUUAUCUGCAAAACUUGGAGAGACUUAACAAAGGGACAAAGUCUGAGAAAAAGAGCUGGAACCCCAAAGAAGGAGAUUUUUCUGUGAAAGCAGCAAUGGAAAAGCUGCGACCUUCUCCCAUAGCUGGCCAAGUUGCCAAAAGCUCAGCAAACAGAAUCAGCAGAGAUCUGACCUGCUCCAUAUGCUUGGAUCUUUUCAAGCAGCCAGUUUCCCUGCCUUGCGAUCACACUUUCUGCCAGGGCUGCAUCGAGGGCUACUGGACGGGGCCGCGGGGUCCCGGCCAGGGGGGCACGGGCUCCUGCCCUCAGUGCAGGAAGGUGUACCCCGGGAAGAGCUACCGACCCAACCGCAUCGUUGCCAACAUUGUGGAGAGCUACUGUCACGGUUUGGAGGAGAGCAGGAGCACGGGAUGCCUGGCAGAUGCGGGGUGUGCGGAGAGGGCUCCUGCUCCUGUCCCACACUGCAGCAGGCACAGGGAGGAGCUGAAGCUGUACUGCGAGGAGGACCAGGAGCUGGUGUGUUUGGUGUGCGGCGUGUCCCAGGAGCACAGGAACCACACCAUGAUGUGUGUCCAGGAGGCUGAGCAGAAAUACAGGGGAUUUCUCAACAGCUCCAUGGAUUCCUUAAAAGUGGAGCUCAACACGGCGCUGCAGUGUGACAGGGAGGCUGAAGAUGAAGUUAAAAAGCUCAAGGACCACACGGCCGAUCUGAAGCAGCGCAUCGAGGCCCAGUUCAGCGACCUGCACCAGUUCCUGUACCAGGAGGAAAAACUCCUCCAGGUGAAGCUGAAGACGGAGGAGCGCAGGGAGCUGAUCCGCCUGGACGAGCACAAGGCCCUGCUGUGCGUGGAGAUCUCCCGCCUGCAGAGGGCCGUCCACGAGAUAGAGGACAAACUCAAAGAACAGGACCCGUUCAUCUUGCUCCGGAGCAUCAAAGCCCUUCCCCAGAGGCCUUCUCUCAAGUUUGAAAAACCGACUUUUACACCACCAAGUCUGUGUGAGGGCCGCUUUGCGGGGCCUCUGCAGUACAGAGUUUGGAAGUCUAUGAGGGGAAGCCUUUAUCCAGGUAAUGCAUGCAACACAUGGGCUCCUAAACUACUCACCUGCACAGAUAUUCAUCUUGAGAAGCUGAACUUACAGUGUCACACCUGCUUAAGGUUUUCUUUAUGUGUUGCAACAGCAAAGACAUGUUUUAUUGGGACAUUAUAUAAAGAAUCAGCUCAGAGUAACACAUACUUGUGAAGU